AUGCCGUCCCGUCUCGCCGGGCUUGCAGCAUCAGCAGUGUCUGCUGCUCUUGCCCACUCGGUGGGUGCCCAGUGCCCGAACCAUCCACAUCUGGAUUUGUGUCCUGCGAACCUGAACAAGGAACCGCGGAGGAACAGAGCGAAGGAGAUCGAUGUCAACCAUGGGGCUCGAAACUCGGCUUGGAUGGCGCUGGUGCUGCCUUUGACGGCGGCUCGACCGUCCUUUUCCACUGGUCUAGUGGUUUUGGCAGUGGCAACCGUGAUGGGUGCAGAUGCCCAUGGACAUGGCUCAUCCAUGUCCUGUGGCCAUAUUCGCACUUUCUAUCAAGCCCAGGACUGUUGUUCCGAGGGUGAGGAGCCUCUGUCGCUGGACUUCAGCACCAGCGAGGGCAGCAGCUUUGGCAGCUCCGUCUGCGGGGCGACUAGUCCAGUGGGAGUCUGCCAUUGCGCCAGAGCCAUGCAGCUGCUUUCGCAGGUGCCUGGAGUGCAAUUUUCAGCAGAGUUCUGCGGGCACAUGGCUCACGUGAAGCCGGUGGGCUUUCACGACCAGCCGAUCUGCGAAGCUUCCGAUGCGGGCACCAACGCGGAAUUCCUCGUGGAUGGCAGGGCGGGGAACACCAACUUCCCCCAUGGAAACAUCAAGGUUUUGGCCACGGCGGGCGAGGUGGACCCACUGACAGGAUCCAUGCUCACAGGUGUACCAGAUGGACUGGGCGCCUACUUGAAGGAUGCCGACACGGUGCGCUUGAUCUACCAGAGCGAGGCAUACGGCCAGCUGGUCAGCUCCAACCCGGAGUCUUAUCCGUGGACGGUGAACUCCAACACUGCCAGCUUCACUGGCUCUCACAUCCAUUUCAUCGAUUACGACAGAAGCAUGCUAGCCACCUUCAUGGACGAUGGGGCACCAGCCAAGGCUCAGAGCAUGGUGAAGGGGGCGGGCAACGCGGUGGCCACAGCUUACAACUUGAGGCGGGAGCGUGUCGGGCCCCGAAAUCGCGCAGGGGACGGCCUGCAGGCCACCAAGUCGAAUGUCCACGAGAGCAACGUCGACGUGCAUGGCAACUACAUCGUCGGAAGCACUGCGAAGGCUCCCAGCAAGGCAGACUGGCUUAUGCAAUCCCUUUGCUCCGCACAUCUGGAGGUGAGGCACCAGUGGGGAAACGGCAAGGGAGUGGAGGACGACCUCUUCAUCACCAACGAAGAGUGGAUCGUUUACCCCGAAAGCUCCUUGCCCAUCGGUCUGCCCGUGCAUGUCCUGAACUUGGCCACUGGCGAGCUCUGGGCCACUGCUGCCUUCACCCUCGGAGGCCACGAGAAGGUCGUGGAAGUGAACAGCGGCCAUCAGGACUAUGUGGCUUUCGUACCUUCUGGCUACAACGGAGCCUUCGGCAUAAGUCGAGGUGCCGUGUUGGAUGCUCGCAACAGUCUGUACUAUAGAACGGACGGCAAUCCGUACGUGUGGCCGCAGGACAUUGUGCCCACCAAGCUCUACAUCGGCAAAAAGAACACGGAUAAAGAAGGGAAUGCAGAUUCCAUAGAUUUCCUGGCAAGGAAUGGCUUCGAGCACGGAGCCCUUUACGGCUUCGCGGUCGACUGCACCGUGACCGCUUCGCGAGAUGCCUGGCACAAGACUGCCUCUGCAGGUGACACCGUGAGAGGCGCCUUCUACAAGCUCCGCUGGCAGGCGCAGAGGGGUGUGGUGCAGGGCUUCGAACACGAUGGAAGCUGGGAGUUUCAGGACGCUCCGCGAGAUGCUCCGGCCGGCUGGUGCUUUUGGAACUCCAACGGCAAGGACCGUCGUGGCGCCAAGACUGAGCACGUGUCACCGGAUCCCCGGGGUGGUCAACGUGUCCUGCAGGGCUCCACGGCUGGCUACUUCGGAAUCUACGACUUCUCGAGCCUGCCCUCCCUGCUGGGCAGCACCUUUCCCGACUCCAUUCCUGCUACAUACACGGUGUAUCAACCUGAGUCGGAUGUUCGCAACUUGAUCGAGCUAGGCGGGGCCGGCAUCCGAGCAGACGGGAACAACCAGAAAAUGAUGAGGGACAGCAGCAGGGACAAGAGCACCUUCGAGGAUGUUGAUGGCAUGGAGUGGAUUGCCGCGGCGAACGGGCAGGACUAUUUCAUCAUCCACGAAGAUGGUGGCAAUUGGUAUGGCGAGCGUAAGUUCCUGGCCAAGGUGGGUAUCCCGAUGAAAUAUUACUUCGUUGCGCAAAGCGGUGGUCGAGCGAACACUCGCGAGUUGGCUGGUGUAAGCUCCGUCGCCGGCGUGAAUGGCGGUGCGGGCUCUCACGAGUUCUCCGGUGCCUUCGACCUCUCCGGAUUGCUUCGUAAGGAUGCCUCCGGCAACUUCGCGCUCCCCGUGAAGGACGUAACCGGAAAGAAGCGCGAGCUCGAGGCCGCCACGCCCAUCAACGAAAAGACCAUCGCCGUGAAUCUGCAAGCCCACAGCAACAGGGCCGGGUUUGCCGUCACUUUCGGCUCGGAUCGGGUUGCCCAGGACCUGCUUUUUCGUCUGUCAGUCAGCAUCGAUGGCUCACAGUGGGCAUCGAAAUGGAGUGCCGGCUACGGAGCCUUCUGCGUGCCAUUUGCGGAACUUCCAGCUCUGAGCAUCGGAGCUUGGAUCCGGGAAGCGGGUGUUUUCGAGACCGCGAUUGGAAAAGUAAGCUGCCGAAUGAGCGUGGCCCUGCCGAGUGCUGUGCGCUUCACAACAUGCGCCUUGCUGGAUGCCCCGGCGUUCUGCAGCGACUGGUUGGGGAUGUCUGCAAGGAUGCCGCGAAGCGGAGGGCGGGAUGGCUUCGACUUCAGCUUCCUGACGAACAGGGAUGACAGCUCGUCCCUCAGGGAGCGCGAGGAGAUUCAACAUCGGCUUCGCGCUCGAGUCAUCUCAGGACCGGGUCAAUUGCCCUUUUUACUUCAAGAUUGGGGCAUGCCGGAACGGUAUCCUUGCAUCCCAGAGGCCAUGGCUGUGGCAAACGAUGACGAGUGGGACGAUGAGACCUACGCUCGACAACAGGAGCACCUGGAACACUUCUAUGAGGAAGUCUUCCUGGAGUUGGCAAAGUUUGGCGAGGCUAUGGUUGCUUUGUGCGAAGAUGCCGAGUACAGAGGGCAGCUCAGUGCCUGGCUGCAAAAGAAGAAAAGUGGCACAUCAGCAUUCAGGAUGCGAGAGUACAACAAGCGGUACUUCACCCUGGAUUUCGACACGCACACCUUCUUCUAUGCCCACUCUGAAGGCAGCAGCAAGGUGUCGGCUGUGACGCCAUUUGCUGACAUUGUCGAUGUGCGGAUGCCCGAGGCCGACCUCAAAGGAGACAACAUCUCUGAGUUCAGCAAGGGCAGCAAGCGCUCUUUCCUUCAGCGCACGACGAGCUUCCUCAAAACCGCGAAGGAGGCCGAGGAGCAGCAUGUGCUCACGGUCAUGACUCGUCCGGCGAAAACCAUGGAGCUAAUGUGCUCUUCCGCGACGGAGGCUUCGACCUGGUUCGAGGCACUGAAGACGGCCAUUGCGAUGGACAGGGAGCAGGCGACAGAGGCCGGGCACACCACGGCCAGUGCCUCUGAGAGCGAUGAGAAGCCGCCAGCUCCGCCCCUACGUGGCGGGUAUCCGACUCCGGCUCCAGGCCCCGUUCCCAGCCGAGGCCACAAAGCAGUUGCUCAGCCGGUCAAGAAGUUGAAGGUGCGGACGCUCCGGAGGCGAAAGCAGGAGCCUGCAGUUGCAGCAUCCUCCGCGCCGGCUGCUGGGCCGACCCCUGUGGUUCCUCAGGAGGACCCUUGCAGCGUGGGCCCUGCAGCAGAAGGGAGCCCGAAGAAGUCCACCGCCAGAGCCCGAAGAGCAGGAAAGAGGCCGAAAGUCAGCAGUCGCUCAAGGGCUUCGUCUGCAGCAUCCGAGAAGCGGGCACCGACCGCAGAAUCUGGAAGCCUCCAGCCUGGACUGCCACCUGCCGCUGCACAUGUUCCUGCACAGGAGGAGGCGGCCGCCCGAAAUCUGCUUCUGCAGCUCAUGCUGGCGGGCCAAGCGCGCUGCGAGGCCCGCAUACGCGCCCUAGCGGCAGCGCCGCCGGCGCCUCCAGUCUUGGGACCUUCCUUGGCACACUGUGCCGGCCGCGGUCUCGAGGACUGUGUGCGACAUCUGCUUCAGCUGAGAGGUGAUCCAGAGUCUCGCGCUUUGCGGGUCCGGAACGGCAGGGUGGAGGCGGGGCGGGGUGAGUCGCGGCCACCGGUUUGGAGCUGCAGUUCACUGGCCGGGCAGACGCAGCUGUCCGAUCGAACGGCCCUGCGGAUUGCGGCUGAGAACGGCCACGUUGCAGUGUGCCCAUCCUGGACCGACUCUGCUUUCACAGAGCAGAGUGCAUUCGACGCCCUUGAACCAAGGUGCCAACGACUGAUUGCUGCGGGAGCCAGCAGCAGACUGCUCAGUCGGGCAGGGCUGCAUCCGCAAGCUUCGGCUGCAAGAGAUCCGAAAAGAAAUAUGAGCGCAUCCGUCGAUUUAUCCGUCCGGCUCACGGGCCGAGGUAUCGGAGCCUUGCCAGCGUUACGGCACCUGCGCUCCUUCGGCCGGCUCUUCGAGCGUGCUUCUGCCUAA